CCCGCCGCGGCCGCCCCGGCCCGGCGUGCACCGCGGCGCCAAGAUGGCGGCGCCCAGCGAAGGCCGGCCGGGCCGUGGCGCUUCGCCGUUCCCGGGCACCGAGAGCGGCCCUUUCUCUUUCCCUUUCACCGCCCCGCACGGGGCCGCGGGCUCCGGGGCGGAGGAGCCGUCCAAGAAGCCGUGUCGAGCCUGCACAGAUUUCAAGAGCUGGCUCCGCGAGCAGAGGAAGCGGGCGGCCCCGGGCGGCGGGGACCCGACGGUCGUGGAGGAGAAGGAGCCGCCACCGGACUGUCCCCUGGACAGUGAGCAGCUGGGCCGCAGCACCUGGGCCUUCCUGCACACCAUGGCCGCCUACUACCCCGAGCAGCCCAGCCGAGCCCAGCAGCGCGACAUGCGCGACUUCAUCCACCUCUUCUCCAAGUUCUACCCCUGUGAGCACUGCGCUGAGGACCUGAGGGAGCGAUUGCGUACAAACCAGCCUGAUACGAGCAACAGAAAUAACUUCUCCCAGUGGUUGUGUCUUCUUCACAAUGAAGUGAACAGGAAACUGGGGAAAUCGGAAUUUGACUGCUCUCGUGUGGACGAGCGCUGGCGAGAUGGUUGGAAAGACGGUAGUUGUGAUUAAUCCACAGGGACUGCUGUGGAAAUGGGACAGACCAACUCGCUCUGGUGUCCAGCCACUGCAGGGAGAUGUGUGAGUCAAAACCUGUGUUUGUGUGUGCGUGGGUGUGACUGAUUGGCUUGUGGAAAUAAAGGUAAACCAAUUCUAAAAGUAAAUUUGAAGAUCUUAUCCUAAUAGUGUUUUGAUAAAUGAUUACGUGAAUAUGUUACCUGAGGGACUGAGGCCUUACAUUUGACACAGGAAUUGCCAAAAGCCGGUGAAAUUAAGUCACUGACAAACUCAAGGAGACUUUUUCAUUAUGACAUUUCCUUGUUUUAUGGGCAUUUGCUUAUUUCUGGGACGAGAAUUCCUUUUCCCUAAACACAGCUGUAGAGGGCUGCGCUGUGGCAUUUGAUGUUUAUCUGCAGGCAUUAUCCUGAUGUUUUAGAAAAUGCAUCUGAUUAAUUGACUUUUUCAUUUCUGUUGUUCCCCUAGAGAAAACUUGUGCUGGGUUUUGUACCAAGUCUGUACCCCCAGAUCUCUCUUUCUGAGAUCUCCAGUGCUUUUUGUUAACCUUGGAUCCAGUUCCUUUGAUGAAAGGCCUGAAGGUAGAUACAUAUAAUUUAAAUAUUAAAAUCAUGGAGCCUGGGUUUCUCAUUUUGUGUUUCAACUUAUCAUGUAAGAGAACAUUGUGGAAAGGGAAACUAAAGCAGGACAAGAAAAAAACCCUCAUCUGAUGAAUGGAACAAAGUAUCACCUGGUGAAAUUAAAAUGUUUUCAAUUGAUUGCUAAUUUUCUUUGGAUCCAGAAGUGGUAUAAUGAACUACUUAUUCCUAAAGCAGGUAAUGUCUUCACCUGUGCUGUGAACUUUCGUCAGUUGUGAAAAUAGCUUGAGACUGACAUCUGUAAUGAAUCAUAGAAUCAUUUUGGUUGGAAAGUUCAGCUUUAUUCGGCAUGCAGUAUUUCUGAGAUAUCACUUGCGUUUUGAAAUUCUUGAUUGGUAAUUGCUGACCUGGCUGCCAUUCUGGUGUCGUCCCUUAGCUAUAAAUCUCGCUAGUACAAAAGGACUUUACAAACCUACCUGCAGUAUUUGAGUCCUGCUCAAGACUUGGAUGUCAGCUUUACAUCACAUUCAUUGCGCAGAGGACUCAAAGGAGUCCCUGCGGUCGAUUCCAUCUGUUGGAACCACUCAGAAUCCACGCCAUGGGUAUUUUUCCUAUAGGUGUGAAUUCCAGAUUCCAGUGCAAUAGCAGCAGAAAUGGUUUACACCACAAAGCUUCCUAACACACCUCUCUAUAAAAAGAGACAGCUUACAAAAAAAAAAAGUCAAAAUCAUUUCAAGUUUGUAGAUCAGAUAAGCGAUAUUGUGUCCUUAUUGCAUUUCUGGCCGUUAAAAGUUUGCAGGAGUUUGCACAAACUGUGGCAAUAGCAGCUUUUUUCCUUCUCUACUUCCUGCUGAGGUCUUCUGCUGUGUUUCAGUGAGCUUCCUUAUUUCGUGCCCCACAGUGCAUUUGUAAAUUUACUCUUGCUGAUAAAGUGUUCCUUCGAAAUGCUAACAGUACUUUUAUAAUAAUACUAGAGUGAUGACAGCUCAUAAGUAGAACUUUGCUCUUCGCACCUGUGUGCAUGGGGCUUCUCAGCAUUUAGAGAAGCAAUAAGAACUUUGGAAAUACAUUUUAAUAUUUUAUGGCGUAUUCAAGUUCUUUCAAGUUGGACCUGUUAAAAUAGCAUGAGGCAGAUUUUAUGGACUGGUUAUUCAUGAAGUUUUUAUAUAGUAACGUUCCCAAACCCAACUGAACGGAUGAUAAGGUACUUCGUAAAGUGUGCGAUCUGACAUAUGGCUUGAAGGUAUCAUUCAGGUUAUUAAAAGUGCUCAGAAAAUUUCCCUAUUUGCCUAUUAGCAUGUUGGGGUUCUUAGAACAAAUGAAUUCCGGCCCUUUUUUUUUGGUAAGUAACGAUCUCAGUCCUCACAAUGAAUCAUGUUGGUAUCCAGUAGUGGGGAGAGGACCAACCCCUCAUUUUGUCACGCAUGACCUAAAUUACCCGGUUCUGUCAGGACAGCUUUAUCUGGUGUUGUGAACAGGCUUGCUUAUGGACUUGCUUAUGCUAAAGGAGAAAUUUACGGUUCUUCCUCCCCAAUCUGCCCCUGACUGUUCUCAGUGACAGUUUCAUCACCCAUAGAGCAGAUGGUAUUUCUUCCUAAUUUGCUUCAGACUAAAUGAGCAGGUUGGCACAACACCCGUCUCAUCCUUUUUCAUCUUAAUACUGAAAACGGGUCGGCUGGGUGAGUUGCACUUACUUGUGCAAGUGCAAAUGCACUUGACCUCUGGAGCUGCUGCUGUCUCGUGCUGGCCAGCGGCUGGUGAUGGGCACGUUGUGACUUUUCACUAUCCCGCAGCAUCUGCACACAUCUGGAGAGCGUGGGGAGGAAAAGAAACGUGUAUCCUGCUCAAAAUCUGGGAGAGCAACUGCGGCAACACCAAAUUUUUGUCACCUUGUGGUGUCCAGGGAGGUGCGUGCAGAAAGAAAAGCCCCGUCUGCAGCUGGUAGUAUGUUAUUAGAGCAGUUUGUAACUUUACUAAGUGGCCGUUUGAUAAAAUACCUGCUUGCACUGCGUUCUCUCAUGUUUAUGGCUUUGCAGAAGAGCUUCGACUUAAAUGUUUUUCAGGCAUAUCAUCACCUCUGUUGACUUGACUGUGUGGGGAGGGGGGUUUUGUUUUGCUGCUCAUUUGUACCACAGCUCAAGUUUUAAUCUUCUGUGAGGAAUUUCUAUUGAAGGUACUUGUAUUUGUGUACAGAAAAUUGUGAAUUCUCUUCUAAAUGAUUAAAUCUAGUUUUAAACAUAGCCGCAUUCAAAUUAUAUUUCCUGUUGAUGUAAAAAUAAUAAAGCAACUGAGUUAA